CUUUACUGCACGAUCUCAGGCAUCAUGACUGAUCCCAAUGGCAUGGGAAGUGGCCUUGGAGCCGAGCAUGGCCAACACCAGCAAGGCGGUAACAGCGGACCCCUCGCCCAGCAACCUCUACAGGGCGUCCUUCCCAUGCACCAGGGCAUGAAUUUCCCACCUGUACCGUCUGGCAUGCCAUCUGGAGUGCCCACUGGCAUGUACCAGCCCGCUACAUACAUGCCCAUGCCCCAGCAGCAGCAGAAUGAGCAGCUGCGCAUGUUUUGGUUGCAACAGAAUCAGGAGAUUCAGCAGGUUGGGACGGACCCGGCAGAGUUCAAGAAUCACCAGCUUCCCCUAGCGCGAAUAAAGAAGAUCAUGAAGUCCGAUGAGGAUGUACGCAUGAUCAGUGCAGAGGCGCCGGUUCUCUUCGCUAAGGCAUGCGAGAUGUUCAUCCUUGAGUUGACAUUGAGAUCCUGGAACCAUUCAGAGGAGAACAAGCGCAGGACGCUGCAGCGGAAUGACAUUGCCGCGGCAAUCACAAGGACUGACAUCUUUGACUUCUUGGUGGAUAUAGUACCCAGGGAGGAGCGGUGUGAUGAGGGCCCGCGGCCGCAGCCGAUGCCAAGCAUGCCGGUGUCGGGCAUGGGGUACUGGCAGCAGGGGCAGCCGCAGCAGCAGCAGCAGCAGCAGCAGCAGCAGCAGCAGCAGCAGCCCAUGCAGUCCGGCCCAGGCGACCAGCACAUGGGCCUUCCCCAGCGCCCGCCUGGCAUGCAGAUGGACCCCGCCAUGAUGCAGGCUUACUACAUGCAACAGCAGCAGGUGGCCGCAGCACAGCAACAGCAGCAGCACAUGCAGCAGCAGCAGCAACAGCAGCAUCUCCAGUACCAGCAGCAGCAGCAGGGGCUCCCCCAGAAUGCUCAGGCAUUUGAGCACCAAGAGAAUCAGCCCAAUGGAGAGUGA